UUAUUUAAACGACACACAUAUUAGUCACAGCAACCCCAGACAACGCCUCUAAAUUAGCAAAUUGCAGACAACACCUGGGAAGAGAAAGAGAAGAGUACUGUCAUAUCAUAUUAUUCUAUCAUGAACUCAUCCACAACAACUCCAAAGAGCAAAAAGAAGCAAACACAAACGCAAGAAACAACUACUUCAGUGAGGUUUCUUGGUGUUAGAAGAAGGCCAUGGGGAAGAUAUGCAGCUGAGAUUAGAGACCCUUCAACCAAAGAAAGGCAUUGGCUUGGCACCUUCGACACCGCGGAAGAAGCUGCCUUGGCCUAUGACAGAGCUGCUCGGUCCAUGCGAGGCUCGCGAGCCCGCACCAACUUUGUCUACUCAGACAUGCCACCAGGCUCUUCUGUCACCUCCAUUGUCUCUCCUGAUGAACCUCAACAAAACUUCUUUGAUGUCCCUCCACCUAGUAGUACUCCCACUCAACCUGACCCAACGCCCCAAACCUUUUCAAAUCAAGAAACCAACACCGAAUUCUCUUAUUCUUCAAUGUCAGAUAUUGGAGGAGACCAAUUCUGGGCUUCUUCUUCUUCUGGUGUUUAUUAUCAACAACAACCAGCUCUCUUUGACUUUGACAAUAAUACUAGUUCUACUGCUUCUGUGUCCCAUAACUAUUCCAACCAAAUGUGUGAUCAGCUCCCUCCUUUUCCUUCUGACAUUUCGGGAGGCAUUGGCUCAAAUAUGAGUGUGGCAGAUUCUAGUGAAGAUAUGGGACAGGCCGCUUGGAGUGACUCAACAAGUCUGACCACAGGGUUCGAACCAGAAGGGAACGGGUCAUACUCAUACAUGGGCAUGGGGUUCGAUUCAAGUGAGUAUGUGCAUAGCCCACUUUUUAGUAGGAUGCCACCAGUUUCAGAUAAUGUACCUGAGAGUUUUAAUUUGGGGUCUUCUGCCUUUUUCUUCUGAACUGAAAAAAAACUAUUCCAAGGUUCUCUUUUCUUCUGAACUGAGAAAAACUUUUCCAAGUGUUUGCCAAUGGUCCGAGUGGAACUGUUCCUUACUUCAGUUUCAGGAUUUUAUUACUAUUUUU